AUGUUCACUGGUAUUGUCGAGCACAUCGGAGAGAUCAAAUCAAUCGAUGAGGGUCAUGGAAACACCCUUUACACCAUCACUAACGCGUCUCCUAUCCUCGGAGAUUGUCACUUGGGUGACUCCAUUGCCGUCAAUGGUGUCUGUUUAACCGUGACAGCCUUCAAUUCUGAGGAGUUCACCGUGGGAGUGUCAUCAGAAACGUUCCGUCGUACAGACCUUCAGCAGCUUCAAGUUGGCUCACCAGUUAACCUUGAAAGGGCCAUGAGCUCCACCAGCACCACAAGAUUCGGGGGUCAUUACGUACAAGGCCAUGUGGAUGGCACAGCUACAAUUUCGAGCUGUGUGAAGGACGAUGAUGAGUCUCUCCUCUUCACUUUUAAGAUGGACGACCCAAGAUUCAUCAGAUAUGUCGUCGAAAAAGGGUUCAUCUGUAUUGAUGGGACCUCACUUACCGUCACCGAAGUUGAUAAUUCCAAUGCGACCUUCGGUAUCAUGAUGGUGGUCCACACUCAGCAACAUGUCAUCAUGCCUCAGAAAAAAAUUGGCGAUUCCGUCAACAUCGAAGUAGACGUCAGUGCCAAAGCUAUCGAAAAACAAGUGGCGAUUCAAUUGGAAGGACAGCUAAUCGACGAAUCAUCGGUGAUUUCCAAACUCAUAAAGAAGUAUGUUGAAGAAAAAGUUGAAGAGGUGUUGAAGAAGUAG